CUAAAUUCUUUGGAGGUGUUGCUUCCGUUAAAGGGGUAGAAGGAUUUGGUCCCGAUGCAGCCAAAAAGAAGUUCUUUGGAAUAUAUCUCGAUAAGGCAGGAGUAUCAUUAGGACAACAAAUGUGUAGUGCUUCACGAAUGCGGCCUUGUCUCACACUGUCCUGCCCAUGAUCUCAUAGAGCUCCGCCACAACUUCUUAGCAUUUGAAGAUUCUCACAGUGGAUAUGUGUUUUGUGCCAUGGUCAUAACAAUUAGGAGAGUGCUGAUCGCAUUUGUUUUAUCACUGAGCAUGUUAAAUCAGCCUUCAACCGGAAUUGGAUUUCCAGGAGCUCUUGAGCUUGCUACUGAGUGUAAGAACAAGGGUCUAAAAGUUGCUGUUGCGUCUAGUGCUGACCGUAUAAAAGUCGGCGCAAACCUUACCGCCGCUGGUUUGCCCUUGUCCAUGUUUGAUGCCAUUGUUUCUGUCGAUGCCUUUGAGACGAAACCUGCUCCUGAUAUUCUCUUGGCUGCUUCAAGGAUCUUGGAUGUGCCGCCAAGUGAGUGCCUUGUUAUAUUGAAAUUGCACUUGCCGGAGUCCAAGGCUGCCAAAGCUGCAGAAAUGAGUUCACCGGCCGUCGGUCCAACUACAUCAGGCCCGAAGAAAAGACCGGGUAAAUUAUCGCCUUGCGAUGCUCCCGUACCCAUAUUUGGAAUCGAACAUGGGUCGAGAUCAUGUUUUGCAUGUUCACUUACGGCUCUUGGAUUUGUGGCUGAUGUGGAGCCCGGGAAAACGCAGCCUGCAGCUGGAAAUGUUGUCAGAUUCAACUCUAGUGAACAUAUUCACACUGCUUCCGGCUCCUCGCUGAACCAUAUGAUCAUGGUGAUGGUACAUGUUAGCGGACAAGGAGACCAAGGUGAUGGCGAACACAAUGACGGACACAAUCACGAUCAACAUGGACAAGAAAACACAAGGAAAGAAGAUAGUUUCGGACUUACACAAAAGGAAUACGGACACAAACUCGAAGACAAGGAAAGAAGAUAAUUACGUUUGCUAUUCUUCCAUUCUUUGUAUUAGACAAUAUUAAAUUGCCAUAUUAGUAUUAUAUGACUGUUGUAUUCUUUAGGAAAGAACAUGUACAGCACAUACACGAUCAAGCAAGAGAACUCAUUUUCUUCA